AUGCGCGAAUUUGCAGUGAUUGGUUCGACGAGCAACGUGGCUCGCAAAUCGUCGCUAGCCAGCGGACGCGGAUCCGCUUCGUCGUCAGGACAAACGAGUCCUUCGCCAUCUGCAUCUCCAGCUCGCGGAAACACUGGUGGAGGUUGUUCAUCAUCAAGCGAAUCGGCUGCUGAUCGUUCGAUUGCAACACCACCGCUUCCACCUGCUCUCAAACACUCUUCCAAGGACGGCGUAUACCGCGGACAACGAUCGAUGUCGUUGGGCGGUCCUGCUCAUGAGAUGUUAAUGUCUCAAAUGAACACCAGACCCGGAAAUACCAUUGAUUUCUCACCUGGCGACGAUGAUAAAGUGUGCCUUCUUGUCGACAAUACUCGUUUCUUGGUAUCUCAACAAUUGUUGCUUAGCAAGCCAGACACGAUGCUCGGAAGAAUGUUCACUAUGAGAGCCUCUUGUGGCGAUUUAGGAGCUGAGUUAGUUACGCCAAAUGAUAGAGAUGAAUUUGAGGUUGCUGAGGGGCUGACGGCGCCUUGCUUUAGAGCUGUUUUGGACUACUACACUUGUGGAACCAUGAGAUGCCCGCCAUCUGUAUCCGUUUCAGAACUUCGUGAAGCGUGUGAUUACCUUCUCGUUCCAUUCAAUGCACAGACUGUGAAAUGCCAAAAUCUGCAUGCUCUGCUUCACGAGCUUUCGAAUGAAGGAGCUCGAGAGCAAUUCACUCAUUUUCUUGAGGAGAUAAUCCUGCCGCAACUUGUCGCGAGCACAGAACAUGGUGAACGCGAAUGUCAUCUCGUUGUUCUUCUUGACGAUGACGUCGUCGACUGGGACGACGAAUACCCACCACAGAUGGGCGAAGAGACUACCCAUGUUGUUUAUUCAACCCAUCUCUACAAAUUCUUCAAAUAUGCUGAAAAUCGUGAUUGUGCCAAACAGGUUUUGAAAGAACGAGGAUUAAAGAAGAUUCGACUUGGAAUGGAAGGAUAUCCGACUCAUAAAGAAAAAGUCAAGAAGCGAUUCAACAAGGCUGAAGUGAUUUAUAAUUAUGUUCAACGCCCAUUUGUGCAUUGUUCAUGGGAAAAAGAAGAAGCGCGAAGCAGACAUGUCGACUUUGCCUGUCCAAUUGUAAAAUCCAAAUCGAAUCCAUCACUAGCAGCUGCUGCGUCGGAUCCUCUUCCGCAGCCGGCCCCACUUCAACAACAUCAUCGAAAUGCAGUUUUCGGUGAAGCUGCUCCACUUGCUGCACCGAAUCGAUUCGACGACAACAAUCAUCUCGGUGUUAAUGUGCAUGCUCAACAUCAUGCUCACCCGCUUCAUUCACCACCGGUUAAUUUCCAAAGAAAUGCCGAGGAAGAAUAA